AUGAGACUCGACGUAAAGAGGCAGCUGUUUGCCCGCAGCGAGCGAGUAAAGGGCAUUGACUUUCACCCUACGGAGCCAUGGAUCCUCACCACCCUCUACAGCGGCCACGUAUAUAUCUGGUCCUACGAGACGCAAUCCAUCAUCAAGACCUUCGAGCUGACCGAUGUUCCUGUGCGCGCGGGACGAUUCAUCGCCCGCAAGAACUGGAUCGUAUGCGGUAGUGACGACUUUCAGCUGCGAGUCUACAACUACAACACCUCCGAGAAGAUUACAUCGUUCGAAGCGCAUCCCGACUACAUAAGAGCAAUCGUGGUGCAUCCUACCCAGCCGUUCGUGCUGACCGCCAGUGAUGAUAUGACAAUCAAGCUAUGGGAUUGGGAUAAGGGAUGGAAGUGUGUGCAGAUAUUCGAGGGACACAGCCACUAUGUCAUGGGACUGGCCAUCAACCCCAAAGACACCAACACAUUUGCGUCUGCUUGCUUGGACCGGACAGUGAAGAUUUGGAGUCUCGGGUCCUCAACACCCAACUUCACCCUUGAAGCGCACGAAACCAAGGGCGUAAACCAUGUCGACUACUACCCGCAAUCCGACAAGCCAUAUCUCCUUACUACCUCGGAUGACCGCACAGUGAAGAUCUGGGACUACACUACCAAGGCCCUGAUCGCUACCCUCGAAGGCCAUACCUCGAACGUAUCAUUCGCGUGCUACCACCCUGAAUUGCCAGUCAUCAUCUCGGGGUCAGAAGAUGGCACAGUCAAGAUCUGGCAUGCAAACACAUACCGAUUGGAGCAGUCACUUUCGUACGGUCUCGAGCGAGCAUGGUGUGUCUCAUACCAGCGGGGCAGACAAGGUAUUGCAAUGGGUUUCGACGACGGAGCUGUGGUGGUGAAGAUGGGUCGCGAAGAGCCAGCUGUCUCCAUGGACGGAUCAGGCAAGAUCAUCUGGGCGCGACACUCUGAGAUUCUUACUUCCGUGAUCAAGGGAGGAGACAAAACGGUGAAAGACGGCCAAGCUAUUACCUUGCCCUCGAAAGACCUCGGCAGUACCGAAAUCUACCCGCAAACGCUCAUUCACUCACCCAACGGACGAUUUGUAGCCGUUUGCGGAGAUGGCGAGUACAUCAUUUACACCGCAUUGGCACUUCGAAAUCAAGCUUUCGGUUCAGCACUUGACUUUGCCUGGGCCUCGAAAGAAAACGACAAGGACUACGCGAUUCGGGAAUCUCAAUACUCCGUCAAGAUCUACCGCAACUUCAAGCCCAAGUCUGGAGAUGGCAGCGUCAAUGUUGGCUACACUGCAGAUGGCUUGAGCGGUGGUGUCUUGCUUGGUGUCAAGGGUCAAGGUGGCAUUGGCUUCUUUGACUGGGAGUCUGGCAAGCUCGUGCGCAGAAUUGAAGUUGAGCCACGCAAUGUGUACUGGUCAGAGUCAGGAGAGCUGGUCUGUCUUGCCUGUGAGGACACUUACUAUGUGCUGCGAUAUUCGCGAGAGCAGUACGUGGCUGCACUGCAGGCUGGGCAGGUCGAGGAAGACGGUGUUGAAGAGGCUUUCGAAGUCGUCUGCGAUAUCAAUGAGACUGUGAGGACAGGACAGUGGGUUGGCGACUGCUUCGUCUACACCAACAGCACGAACCGACUCAACUAUCUCGUGGGCGACCAGACUUACACCAUCUCCCACUUCGAUCAACCAUAUUACGUUCUCGGUUACCUCGCUCGAGAUGGCAGAGUUUAUGUCGCCGACAAAGAUGUCAACGUCACUUCAUUCGCUCUGUCAGUCAGUGUCAUCGAGUAUCAGACCCUGGUACUUCGAGGCGAUCUGGACGCGGCGACGGAGAUGCUCAGCCAAGGAGAGAUCCCCGAAGACCAGAAGAACAAGAUUGCUCGUUUCCUCGAAGGCCAAGGCUACAAGGAGCAAGCGCUUGAGGUCGCCACCGACGCCGAACACCGAUUCGAGCUUGCUCUUGGUCUGGGUCAGCUGCAAAUUGCUUUCGAGCUUGCACAAGAAGCCGACGCAGAGCACAAGUGGAAGCUCGUGGGCGACGCGGCACUUACUGGUUGGGACAUCAAGCUUGCAGAGGAGUGCUUCCGGAAAGGCAACGACAUUGGCAGUCUGCUGCUGAUGUACACAUCCUCUUCCAACGAGGAAGGCCUCCGAGAACUCGCUUCGAAAGCGCAAGAAGCCGGCCAGCACAACGUGGCUUUCACCAGCUUCUGGCAGCUCGGCGAUGUCGAUUCUUGCAUUGACAUCUUGCUCAACACAAACCGAACCGCCGAGGCUGUCCUAUUCUCUCAGACCUACAAGCCUAGCCGUUGCCCAGAGAUCGUCCAACAGUGGAAGCAAGGCCUGGAAAAGAACGGCAAAGGCAAAGUCAGCCGUCUUAUCGGCGUUCCCGGUGAAGAUGAGGAGAUGUUCCCUGAGUGGGAAGAAUACCUCAAGCUGGAACGCGAAGGCGGCUCGCACGGCGACCUGAUCGACAUCAACGGUACUGCAGAUGAUGUCGAGGAGGCGAAAGCCAAGGCAGAGCCUGUGGACGCUGAAGAAGACGGUGUCGACGAUGAGGACGCCACGCCGCAGACGGAAAUUGACGUCUAA